UGAAGACCCUCUUCAUCCUCUUCCGGAACGAGACCGUGGACGUGGAGGACAUCGUGACCUGGCUCAAGCGCCACUGCGACGUGCUGGCCGUGCCCGUGAAAGUGACCGACAGGUUUGGGAUCUGGACCGGGGAGUACAAGUGCGAGAUCGAGCUGCGCCAGGGGGAGGGCGGAGUGAGGCACCUGCCCGGGGCCUUCUUCUUGGGAGCCGAGAGGGGCUACAGUUGGUACAAGGGGCAGCCCAAGACGUGCUUUAAAUGUGGUUCCCGGACCCACAUGAGCGGCACCUGCACGCAGGACAGGUGUUUCAGGUGCGGGGAGGAGGGGCACCUGAGCCCUUACUGCCGGAAGGUCAUCGUGUGCAACCUCUGUGGCAAGAGAGGGCACGCCUUUGCCCAGUGUCCCAAAGCGGUUCACAAUUCCGUGGCAGCUCAGCUCACCGGCGUGGCGGGGCACUGAACGCGCGUCUGCCUGCUCGGGUGGGUGAACACACAGCCAGCUUACUCUUCCUAAGUGCCAGUUUUUUGGUUUUUUUUUUUUUUUUUUGUCUUUUUAUCCUUUUGGAAGGAGAUAUUUCUAAAACCUAACAGACAUUCUCUCUUGUUGCCUUUUUAAAACCACGUGUGCUCCUUUUUCUACCUGUUCGAAAUGGUGAAUUUUGCCAGGAACUGCAGCGUGCAGAUAGGUCGGUCGCUUGUCCCCCCUUUUUUCCUCCCAUCUUGGAUAUGUUGGGUACAUUGGUCGACACCCCGGUCGUCCACUUUGUACUUUUUACUACCUCCCUCCCUCCCUCCUCACACAUUGCCUCCGUAGAAGAUUUUUGCCCUUUGGGCUGCCUUGCUCACCUUUGUGCCUCAGCCGCGGGUACAGGGCCCAACGCGGGAUACACACUCCACCAAGUGUUUAUUGAAUCACAAACGUUGACUGGUUUAUGUCAAAAGUGCCUACGUUUUGCAGCUCUCCGCUGGACUCCUUUCAUUUGCUGCUUCUAUGUGCUAUGAGAAUUUGUGAAAACAGUGUUGGUAGAAGUGUGUGAUCUGAAUAAGCUCUGAAUGGUGGCCAAGGGCCUCUCCUAGCAUAAAAAUGUAUUACUUUGUGACAGCUCCUUGUGGUGACUCAGAAGCCCUUCUGUAGGAGCGUGGAACCUAUGCAGUCCUGCUGGAAAAGACCCAGGAGGUGGUUUUUGUUGGAUUUUCUAUGUGGGAGGUUGCUUUUGUUUUCUGUUUUGGUUUGAGACAGGGUCUCCUUAUGUAGCCCUGACUGGCUUGGAACUGGCUACAUGGGUAGACCAGUCUGGCUUCAAACUUACAGUGAUCCUCUCACCUCUGCCUCCCUGAAGGGUGUUUUAAACGAAUUCCUUGGUUUUCCAGCAGAUGAAACAACCCAGAGAAGUUACAUGACUGGGUCAAAGUACACAGCUGUGUGGUGCCUCAGACGUCCAUAGUAGAGUCCCCUGCCCCCCAGCCUGGUGCUCAUCCCACUACCUCUCACACUUCACAACAGUCUCCUCGACGCCAGUGGGCCAAGGAAGUCCGUCUGCUCCCUCCGUGGUGAUAAUCCCAGCAUAAAGCUGAGAAGCCAUCCCCUGAAAGCAGAAAGAGAAAGCUUGUCUUGCCGCUUGAUAGUACCAGGGAGCUAGGAAAAAGGACCAUCGAACACACUCUGUGCUUUGUGCAUCAGUCCUUGGGAGUACCACAUUGAAGCUGUUCCAUGGCCUUCCCCUCCCACUGCCACUGUAAUCAGUGAGAAAUGGUUCCCCUCAGUAAAGAAACUUGCCAGAAACUUGUUUACAUUUGCACCUCUGCCUCAGCUACUAGGAACCCUAGAGAGAGCUCAUCCCAAACCUUCAACCUCUGAUCCUCAGGAGAAAGGUGAUUUUAACCCAGAAUCAUGAGUGAACUGUAAACUCAAAAGUGUUCUUGGGGAAACAGGCCAAAACAGAGGGCCUGGGUCAACCAAGUGUUACCAAUUUAAAGUGAAAGACAGUAAACUGCAUUUCUUCAGUUUUUGUCUUCUCUUUGCUGUUUUGCUAUUUCCUUAUGGCUUAGAAUGUAAAACCAAUUGUUCAGAUUUGUUCUGAAUAAAUAUUUAUCUUUUGUAUUA